AUGGCGCUGGACCUACUACAACCACCCGACGGUCGCAAACGGGUCAAGGUCUAUGAGUUGAGAGACAGUGACUGGUUCGAUCGCGGAACUGGCUUUUGCACCGGUCAGAUACUAAAUGACGUUCCUCGAAUCUUUGUGGAAUCAGAAGAUCCACCAAAUCGCGUCUUACUAGAGACCAAGAUCACCAAAGAUGAUGGAUACCAGAAGCAACAAGAGACCUUGAUCGUCUGGACAGAAACAAAUGGCAUUGACAUGGCACUCAGCUUCCAAGAAGCAGAAGGAUGCGCGGUCAUUUGGGAUUUUGUCCACACCGUGCAGCAGCAUCUACUCAGCUGUGCGCCGCCCGGUAAGUUGGCGUCCUCGUUCAGAGAAGAAGACCUUCGCGAAAGUCUAACGGGCUGUUAUUCCUUUUCCCCGCGGCCAGACGACGCGCUUUCAGACGACCUGGAUGCCUAUCAACCCAUCAUACUACCGGCCCCCAGUCUCGGAAACCUUCUCGAUAUCGAACAGACCGUACGAGCAGCGAGUGUGACGCAAUUAGGUCGCGACGCGCUCACAAAGUUUAUCAUUCGCGAUGACUACAUCGGCAAGCUAGUUCCUCUGGUCACCGAAGCCGAGGAUCUGGAGAGUUUAGUGGAUCUUCAUCGUCUCUGCAACAUUAUGAAAUCUUUGAUCCUGUUGAACGACAAUGCCAUCAUUGAGACUGUGGUUGCCGAUCACAUUAUCUUGGGGGUGGUCGGGGCCUUGGAAUAUGAUCCCGAAUUUCCCACCCACAAGGCAAAUCAUCGUCAAUAUCUCGCAGACCAGUCGCGCUACAAGGAGGUGGUUCCCAUCAAGGACCCAGUGAUUCUGAGAAAGAUCCGGAGUACCUGGCGCCUACUAUACCUGAAGGAUGUGGUAUUGGCUCGAAUUUUGGAUGAUCCAACCUUCUCAGUGCUCAACUCCCUGAUAUUCUUCAACCAGAUGGAGAUCGUCAAUCACAUCCAAGGGAAUGGACCCUUCCUUCGCGAGCUCUUUUUCGUCUUCGAUCCGAGAAAUACCGACACCAAGCGCAAGGACGAUGCCGUGCAAUUCCUCCAACAAUGUACGUCGAUUACAAAGAAUCUACAGGCCCAGGCGCGUGCCCAGCUAUUCGCCAAUUUCAUCAGUCAUGGUCUAUUUGCAGUGAUUGCCUUUGCCGUCAAACACCCAAACCCAGCCAUGCGCACAACAGGAAUUGAUAUUUUGGUCUCAUUACUGGAUCAUGAUCCUGUGAUGAUGCGAGGAUACAUGCUCAAGGCUGUCAACGAGAAGAAGACACCUCUUACAGAUACUUUAAUCGAUUUACUGCACACGGAGACUGAUCUGGGAGUCAAGAACCAGCUAGCUGACGCCAUUAAGAUUCUGCUUGAUCCUCAGAUUCCCCUGCAGGACCCGAUUGCCCGGGCUGGACCCGAUUAUUUCAAAGUCCGUCCGCCAACAUCUAUCAUCUCCGACGCAUUUGUCCAACAGCAUUUCGAUGAAUCUUCCAAGCGUCUUUUUCAACCGCUCAAGCAUCUCGCCAACCGUGCGAAUCUUAAUGACCUAACCUUCCAAGAAGUGACGCUUUACUCGCAUCUGGUGGACAUACUCACAUUUUUUGUCCGUCAACACCUCUUUCGCACUCGCAAUGCGAUUCACAGCGAAUCACUUGCGCCUCGAGUCGCACAGCUUCUUACCGCUCCUCAAAAACACGUGAAGCUGGUUGCCUUGAAGUUUUUCCGCACGUUGAUCAGCCUCCAAGAUACCUUCUACCAGGCCCUUAUGACACACAACAACACAUUCGGUCUCAUCUUAGACAUCGUCUACGAAUCAAUGCCACGUGAUAACUUGCUCAACUCCGCCUGUCUCGAGCUUUUCGAGUUCAUCAAACGAGAAAACAUCAAGCCCUUCAUCACACAUGUGGUUGAGAAGUAUCGUGAUAAGCUCGAAAAGAUCACCUAUUUCGAUACGUUCCAGUCCUUAAUUGCUCGAUACGAGCAGAUGCAGGGUUAUGCUGCCGAGGCCGACUCGGCCCUGUUUGGCACAGACGAACGAUCGCGGAGAGUGCCCUUGGGUGCUCAACGUUGGCAGGGUGUGAAGGAAAUGGACGCUGCUGAAGCAAGCUACUUUGAUGGCCCUGACGAUGAGGAUCAGUGGGUCGCACAGAUCUAUCGACAAAAACCGACUAAUGGAUCCGAAUCUCCAGUGGUUAAACCGCUCGUUGACUAUCCGGAUGACGACGAUGAAGACGAUGAUGCUAUGGAUACCAAAUCCGAAGGUGUUACUGAUCAGCCUUUGCAAGCCCAGUCGUUAGAUGCUGUCGAUAACCCAUCAACCUUACCAGUUCUUCCAGUUCUUCCAGUUCCUGAGCGGCUAUCUGAGAAGCGUCGCCGCGAGGAGGAGGAUGAUGAUGAACUGGUGAAGUUGGCUGGGUUAGGGCUCAAACGGAGAAAUUCUAAUAGUAGCAAUUCCAGCACGGCAGGCGCCAAUCGGAAGAAGACCAUGACAAUCGGCUCAUUGGACAAGAGCGGCAAACCACCCAAGCGAAUCGCCAUUAAAAUGGGAUCAACAAACCAGUCUGCUAUUCCAAAGAGCCCAUCGUCUGAGGCAGUGGUUACCCAAGAAGGUUCUGAAAAAGAGGGAGAGGAGAAAGAGAAAGAGAAUCGAAACGACAGUCGAGUUGAUGAAGGCAAAUGA